AUGGCGUCUCCGGUGCCGGACCUCAACGAACCAUUACCAAAUCUUCUGGACCUAAAUAAGCCCAUAAAAGAAUUCGAUUCCGACGAGCUUAAUCAAACUAAUGAUCUUGCCAUGGUUAUCCAGGGCGAAGAAAGGCCAUUGCGAGUAGUAAAAUACAAGAGUUACAUUGAGAAGGUGAUGGUUCUUGGCAAAAUUGGUAUAUCCCCUUUCACUUAUAGAGAACCAGCUCAGAGGAGCAGUGUUAACAGACCUUUGGGUACAAUGAUCACAAAGGCAAUGACGUCAAUCAGCAGGAGACUAUCAGGUCGUUUCUCAUUGACAAGGUUGCCUGUCAUCAGAGAAAAAUGGCCAAGGGAAGACUCUGGGUGCCCUAUUUUCAUUCAGCAAGAUAAUGCAAGAAAUCACAUUGAUCCCAAUGAUGAAGAAUUCUGUCGAGCAUCUAAACAAGAUGGAUUUGACAUUCGGUUGUAUUGCCAGCCUCCAAACUCUCCAAAUCUGAAUGUCUUAGACUUUGUCCAUGCAGUGGAGGAAGCAUAUGAUGACUUCUCAGUAGCUAGUUCCAACCAUGUGUUUCUCUCGCAACAAGCUUGCAUGAGAGAAAUUAUAAAGGCAAAAGGCAGCCAGGACUACGAUACUCCUCAUAUAGGCAAGGCUGCAUCGGGGAAGAAUGGCGAUCUUCUUGAACUAGACUGA